AUGCCUAAGGGGCGGCGCGGCAGCCACAGCCCCACGAUGAGCCAGCGGCCGGGCCCGCCCCUCUACUUUCCGUCCCUCUACGACCGCGGGAUCUCCUCGUCCCCGCUCAGUGACUUCAACAUCUGGAAGAAACUCUUUGUGCCGCUGAAGGCGGGCGGGGCACCGGCGGGCGGGGCGGUAGGGGGCCGUCCACUGCCUCUGGCGCCGCCGGCUCCAGCACCCCCGCCGCCGCCGCCUGGCCUGGGUCCCUCCAGGGAGGCCCCCUGUCCCCCGGCCUGGCCCUCCGGCCUAGCGUCCAUCCCCUAUGAGCCUCUGCGUUUCUUUUACUCCCCGCCGGGGCCCGAGGUGGCUGCCUCGUCCCUGGCGCCCAGCCCCACGACCCCCCAGCUUGCCUCUGCCUCCCACCCGGAGGAGUUGUGCGAGUUGGAGAUCCGGAUUAAGGAGCUGGAGCUGCUUACCAUCACUGGGGACGGCUUCGACUCCCAACGCUAUAAGUUCUUGAAGGCGUUGAAAGAUGAAAAGUUACAAGGACUGAAGACCAGGCAGCCUGGAAAGAAGUCGGCCUCUCUCUCCUGAGGAGCUGCUCACCAGAGCAGCUCACCUCUUUAGGUGUUAGUGCUUAGAUAAUAUGUCCCGUUUGUUGUCAUUUCAAAGAUCGAUAUUUUCUGUUCUGUAUUUACUGCUAUUCUUGUUGCUCCCAGCACAUACGUAUACAGUGCCCACUUACGUGGUAAAUCUCACCGUCUCUCUCCUCUCUGUGCUGCUGCUGAGAGAGCUCUCUGUCUCAUGGGGUCUGGAAGCUACUGCCCCGCUGGCAUUCAGGGGCUCCAAAGACCAGGGGAGGUGAUCCCCAACACUGCCAAGUCA